GAGGAGGAGGAGGAGGAGGAUGAUACAGCAGCAUUAUCCUGCGCUCCACUGCAUCAAACCCCGGCCAUCCUAUUGGCCUUAGAGUAUGCUGCGAUGCUACGACGGCGCCUGACGUCAUCCGGCCGGCAGCACGUUAACGUAUAUCCACCGAAUCAACCCUCUCCCUGGAAAUGAGGCAAGUGCUGAUUUUGAGGAACGCAGCCUUGAGAAGCUGAAGGCUGAACACCGGUGAAGUCGUGACGCAGCUCUGUGCCCGCAUUUACUGCGCAUCAUGAGGGAGAUCGUUCACAUCCAGGCUGGUCAGUGUGGAAACCAGAUUGGGGCAAAGUUCUGGGAAGUGAUAAGUGAUGAGCAUGGCAUCGACCCCACAGGUACCUACCAAGGUGACAGUGAGCUGCAGCUGGAGAGGAUAAAUGUCUACUACAAUGAGGCAUCAGGGAGGACAGGCAGUAAAUAUGUCCCCCGUGCCAUUCUUGUGGACCUGGAGCCCGGCACCAUGGAUUCAGUCCGCUCCGGGCCAUUUGGACAGCUUUUCAGACCUGACAACUUUGUCUUUGGUCAAAGCGGAGCAGGAAAUAACUGGGCCAAGGGUCACUACACUGAGGGAGCAGAACUGGUGGACUCAGUUCUAGAUGUAGUAAGGAAGGAGUCUGAGAACUGUGACUGCCUGCAAGGCUUUCAGCUCACCCACUCGCUGGGAGGUGGUACGGGCUCAGGGAUGGGCACUCUUCUCAUCAGCAAGAUACGGGAAGAGUAUCCCGACCGCAUCAUGAACACCUUCAGUGUCAUGCCUUCACCCAAAGUGUCCGACACUGUGGUGGAGCCGUACAAUGCCACUCUGUCUGUGCACCAGCUCGUUGAAAACACAGACGAGACCUUCAGCAUUGACAAUGAAGCCCUGUAUGACAUUUGCUUCCGCACACUGAAGUUAACCACACCCACCUAUGGAGACCUCAACCAUCUUGUGUCAGCCACCAUGAGCGGUGUGACCACCUGUCUUCGCUUCCCCGGCCAACUUAACGCUGACCUCCGUAAAUUGGCAGUCAACAUGGUGCCCUUCCCUCGCCUGCAUUUCUUCAUGCCGGGCUUUGCUCCUCUCACGAGCCGAGGCAGUCAGCAGUACCGCGCCCUGUCCGUGCCGGAGCUCACACAGCAAAUGUUUGAUGCCAAAAACAUGAUGGCAGCCUGCGACCCACGUCACGGACGUUACCUCACCGUGGCGGCCAUCUUCCGUGGCCGUAUGUCGAUGAAGGAGGUGGACGAGCAGAUGCUAAGUGUGCAGAACAAGAACAGCAGCUACUUCGUCGAAUGGAUCCCGAACAAUGUCAAGACGGCUGUGUGUGACAUCCCACCACGUGGUUUGAAAAUGUCUGCCACCUUCAUUGGCAACAGCACAGCCAUUCAGGAGCUGUUCAGGAGGCUCUCUGAGCAGUUCACCGCCAUGUUCCGCCGCAAGGCCUUCCUCCACUGGUACACUGGUGAGGGAAUGGAUGAGAUGGAGUUCACUGAAGCCGAGAGCAACAUGAAUGACCUGGUGUCAGAGUAUCAGCAGUACCAGGAUGCCACCGCCGACGAGAUCGGUGAAUUCGAGGAAGAUGAAAUGGAGGAUGAGGAUGAAGUUCGCCACUGAUGACAUUACACAAACAUGACUUUCUUAAAUUAUUACUUUUGUCAUAGCAAUGCUGGAAGCACAUACAUAAGGCUGGGGUCCUGCUAGCUAUUUAACAGAAACUACAACGCUGCCGCACAUGACAACAGCUUUUACUAAGAAAGAAAAAUCUAUUGUCAAAAUAAAACAAAGCAACUCUAGUUGUGUGUGGUUUUCCAACUCAUGCUUUGCCAAUGUCAUACAACUAGUACGGUGUUGUUCCAUAGACAUUUUUUACAUUCACUUAACGUGCACUCACUGUCUUAAGUCUCCAAUAAAAUGUCAAGUUCUUGCAGAA